AUGUCCCAUUCCGUAUACUAUGGUAGCCAAAUAACUAGGAGUCAAUUUGGUAGCAAUAAUCUCGCUAGGGCAGUCGGACGUUUGCCUGCUCUGAAAACAGUUACUUUGGACUAUAACACCAUUGGUAAUAACAACAUCGAUAUCAAGUUAUUAAUCAACAAAAAUAUUACAUCGUUGGUGACAAUGGACCUAUCCGGAAAUUCUUUAACUUCCUUAGGUCAAGGAACGUUUCAAAAUUAUCAAAUGUUGCAGACAUUAAUUUUAGACAAAAACAAGAUUCAGUACCUUUCUAAUGAAACAUUUAUUGGCUUAUCUAGGCUAAAGAAUUUAAAAAUAACUGGAAAUCAAAUUGAUGAAAUAGAGAAUGGGACUUUUAAACCGCUGAAACAGUUACAGUUGUUGAAAUUAUCCUAUAAUCAAUUUACUGGAGAUACUGAUGGUCUGAUAAAGAAUUUACGUUUCCUUUCUGAACUCUCACUAGCUAACAAUGCUAUCAAGAGCUUGGUGAAAUGUAGCUUUUGUCAUCUACCUAAUUUGACGGAGAUCUCACUACAAAAUAACAUAAUAUCCGACAUCGCUGAAGACGCCUUCUACAAUUUACCAAAUUUAUCCAAACUAAAGCUUAGUAAGAACAAUAUUGCUAUCAAAAAUCAACCAUUUGAGGCCUUACAAAGUCUGAAAGAACUAUACUUGGAUCUUAACUCCGUUGGUAAUUUUUCUAAUAAAGGUCUAUCACCGUUUCGUAAUCUAAAGAAACUGGAAGUUCUGUAUGUUAAUCAAACAUUGUUUACUAAUCAUUUCACGAAACAUACCAAUUAA